AUGCGUUGUCCUUGCAGUCGAUAUGGAGGGUGCGCGCUGCUCAUGUUCUGUGUCGGCUGCGUUUCCCUGCGUGUCUUUCAGUACAACUCUUUCAACUUCUGGUCGCUAAGCAUUGUCGAUUUCCCUUCGGACGAGGACGAGGAGGAUGAAGAGAGUGUCGCGGGCCUCGCGGUGUCUCCGCUUCACCAGCCGAGCCUGCAACUGUCUCCUGCCCCCGCCACGGCAGAGACAGCGGCGGUCGCCUCGGUGAACGCGGCUUCGGCGGCGCUGCUGGCACUCGACGUGGCUGCGGUUGCGGGUCCAGAAGCCGCAGGCGCGGAGCCUGGUCUCGUAGAAACAGAGCAGGAACGCGGUGAUGCCGUAGCGUUCGAAGGCGCGCGGCGAGCGCCUAGCGCCGCUGCCGUCGCAGCUGCUCUUUCCCUCGCAGUUUCGAGGGAGACUGCGGACGAGGAGCCCGCUUCGGACGAAGGCCCGCUGGGAGGCUAUGAAACCCCGCAGCUCGACGGCCUGCCCCCGGGGCAAUGUGCAGACGAGAGGGGGGAGGCGGAUGAGCUUGCGCGAGACGUAGAAAAGUCGGUAUCCGAAGGGGAGAGCUGGAGUCCAGCAGAAGACGAGCGGGAGCCUGUCGAACACGCGCCACUCGUCAGGGCCUCGCAGAAGGCGGAACUGGGGGGCACGCAGGACAGCGGGGUGCCGCGGCCUGGGCCCAGGCGCAGGGCACCUUGCGCUCAGCCGAGGAGACUUUCAGCGACAGGAGAUCCGCUAGCCACAGAAGAGGUGCAGGCUGACUCCGCGUCGGAGACACGAGGCGCAGCGGCUGUCUCGUCCACAUGCCCCUCUGGCGGCGUGGGCGGGGCGUGUGACGUGUGUGGGCGCCGGUUUGGUGGCGCUAGUCGACGGAGAAGGUCAUUCAGGGAAGCGGCUGUGCCCGCACGCCGCGAGGCGAAGCCGCGGCGCCGUCACUCAGAGGCGAACUGGCGGGUGCGGGGCGAAGAGGACAGUGAGCGGCUCUGCGAAGACUGCCGAGGCCUUUUUCUGCACCCGGGGAACGGCGCAGACGCCUGGUGGCAGAUCGAGGGCGGCUGCCUGCGCGAGCGCGCCGGCGGCGAGAGCGAGAGUCAGACGGACGUGGGGAAGCGAGCGGCGGCGGGGACGCGCGUCUCUCCGCGGACGGGUGGCAUCUGCUGCCCGGGAGAAGAGACGGGUGCAGCUCCCGAGGGUCUGGACAGCGGGCCACGCGCGGUGGCGUCGCCUUCGAACAGGGAGGAAGACGCCGCAGAGGUCGACGGAAGGGCUGUCAGCCAUGCGUCCUGGGGCGUGGAGAACGCAAAGGAAGCGGACUCUCCCACGCCCGCGCACUCCUCUCAGCGAGUGCUAACGUACAUUUCCCUCGACAGCGACGCAGACAUCUGGGAUUGUACGGCGCGUAGUCGGUUGCCGGAGGAGCUUUCGACCUCCCCGGCAAAGGCCAGGCGCGCGAUCGGAGCAAGUCGACAGGCUGAGGAGGCGCUUCUCAUGGCGGCUGCCUUUGCGGUGGACGCGGCCACGUCUCACGACGCGUCCAGCGAGGGGCAACUCAGUGGAGCGCGACAAACGGAAGGUCUGACGGAAGCACAGGAAGGGAACGUCGCUGUUUCAUCGACAGCUAGCCCGUCUGAAGCAACAGCCGUGGAAAAGAACGAAGCCGAGAGGGCAUCGUCGGCGCAGGCUGCAGAGGCUGCGGAGGGAGAGGCAGCCGAGAAGAUCGGCCCGCGGGCGGCUUCCUCCUCGUCUCUCACGGGCUCGCCGCUCUGUCCACAGUCUUCCGCCUCCAGCGAGUUCAGUUCUAUCUCCGACGACGGCGGGAAUCAUCUGCCGCAGGCGAAGGCGGGCCCUGCGUCGGCUUUCAUGCGACGCGCCGACAGUGAGCCCGGUACGCGGCGGACCUCCUCCGUGCCUGAUCGGCGCGCGCAUGACGCACAGACUGGGGUGGAGCAGAGCGAGGCAGGGCAGCAUGCAUCCGCGCAUGCGCCGCGUCAGCCCGGCGUUGAUGGCGCCGCUCCGGGCGCGGGAAGCCCCUCCGCAGACAGGGAAACAGGUCCUGUUAAAGUGGCGCUGCUGUUCGAGAGCGGGGGGAUCUCUGUGCCUCCAUUCGCUCAGGAGCGUGUUCCGGAGGGGCGAAGGAGGCGAGGCAGAGGAUCGGGGGGAAACGGCCGCCGCGAGGCAAGCGGCCGCGCACCUGAGGAAGGAAGUGAUGACACGGCCGCAGACGCUGCGCAGACGGCCUGCGGAAUGUCAGAGGCGUCCAGCCGAUCCCCCUCGCGCGGUGCUGAAAAUCUCAGGACACAGGGGAGUUUUAGGAGUGUCGAUGAUCCUGGAGAGAACGAGCGAGACGCCGGCAAAGGAAGGAAACGGGACGUGUAG